GAAAAGAUUUGGUCAAAAUUGUUUUUAUUUCUCCGACAGUGUCUUCGGGGGUUGAAUGGACCCCGGGGGUGUCUGGGGGUCCUCCAAAAUUCCAGCGAAUAAUGCAAAAUUGUUGUUUGGAAAUUAGAGCAAUGAUUUUUUAAUAAUUCGCAAGUUUUGGGUUUCGAGGAGCAAAGAAAAUUGACAGCAAACGUUGAGGGCUAUUUCUUUGGAGUUUUGAGGAUUUUUAAUGUUGAUUGAGACCCCAGGGGCCGGAAGUGAGUAAAGACAGCCGUUGGGGAGAUUUUGUGAUUGGAAGGAGCGAAGAAUAAAUUUUUUUCUGAGGUUUUGGGAGGAAAUUUUGGACUUUUGAGGUUAAGAGGAUCUCGCAGGGAAUCGGGGGAUUUCCAGGGAUUUUUGGGCAUCAUGGAGUACCUUGGGGAGGCCCUGGCACUGGGGUUCGAUAGCCUGAUCUUUGGAAUAUGCUUGAAACACUAUUUUCACUGCCGAAAUUCCCUGAAAGCUGUUAAGAAUGCAGAAGUCUAUGAAAUCGGUGAGAACCUAAAACUAGUGAUAAAGGAGAGACCAGAGAAUAAAAUAGAAUACGUAGCCCUGAGAGGCCCAGUCUCAGCUAUUGGAAAGCCUCUCUACGGAGUACAUGAUAAAUCGAUCUCAGGAGUUGUUCAGAAACUCUCGGUGAAGGAGCAUGUGGUCGCCAGAACGACAGCUGGAUUCUGGUCUGCUCAGGAGAGGACGAUGCAGAAGAUCUAUAAAACAGUUCCGUUUGCCCUGAGGCAAGGAAAACACAGUGUAGAGAUCCUGGAACCUCUUACUGCAGAAAUUCUGGACAUGGACGUCAUCUCUGACGAGUUUAAACCCAGUGCACCAACGAUAACUGAUCACAUCUGGGGAUUUUUUACUGGUGUCCGUCAAAGAGGUCUCCAGUCAACCGAGGAGAUGCUCCGCGAGGGUGUCACCAUCACCGCCCUGGGUGAGCUCUCGACCUCCCCCGAGUCCCCAGACAAACUCAUACUGCAACCGCCCCUCAACACUCCGUUCUACCUCACAACAAUGUCCGUGGGCUCUCUCCUCCGCAAGCUCGACGAACGUCGGCGAAUCUAUCGCUGCUUAUGCCUCAUGUUCGGAGCAAUCGGUCUAGUCAUCGGUGGAAUUGUCGUCAGGAGGUACUGGAAGGAUCGAGAGGAGCAGAGGCUCGCCGAGCAACUCAGGAGGAGUCUCGCUGAGUCCAGGAAGGAGCGGAGACAGAGGGUGAGGGAGAACGACCUCAGGGAGGAUCAACUCUGCGUUGUUUGCAGGACAAACCCCAGAGAAAUUAUUCUACUGCCCUGUGGACACGUCUGCCUCUGCGAAGACUGCUCGGAUGACAUUGACAACGGCUGCCCGGUCUGCAGGGCAACCAUCGAGCACAAGAAUCCGGCUUACAUCAUUUGAUGAAGCUUCACUGAUUAAUUGUUGAGAAUUUUUUUUUUCAUAGUGUUGAUACGAACUGCAGGAGAAUUUUAUUGGGGGUGGACUGGAUUAUAUUGGGCGAAGUGAAGGGAUGGAUGGAGAGAUUUUCGAUUCGAAACUCUGGCUGGCGUCCCCUUUUUGCGUUCUAGCGAAAAGUUGAUUUUGUGGAAAUUUUCGGUUGAUUUUCUUGGAGAGAGGGACGACGACAGAUGUUAGAUGUGCCUCAUCACAUAAACCUUAACGUCGUGAAGAUUUUUAAAGAUGAUACCUCAAAAUUUUCUCAAAUCUAAACAUAAUAAAAGCGGACAUUCACUCCUUUUUAAUGAACAAAUAAAUGAAUAGAUAAUGAUCAAAAAUAAUAUGCAUAAAUCACUAAAAAAUUCAAUCAUCCACAAAUUGUUUCUUCAAAUAAUGAUGUUCAUGACGAGUUCAACUUUCAGAGGAAUUAAAAAGUCAAAGCAAUCCACUA